AUGUCAGAUCUGGUGCUGCAGCUGACGGCCCCCAACGGCCACAAGUACGCGCAGCCCGUUGGACUGUUCAUCAACAACGAGUUCGUGGCGUCAAGAUCCGGCGAGAAAUUCCCCACCAUCAACCCUUCGGAUGAGUCGGAGAUCGCUUCCGUCUACGCCGCCGGAGAGGAGGAUGUCGACAUCGCCGUCCAGGCGGCCCGCAAGGCGCUAAAGGAUCCUUCCUGGAAGCUCCUCCCCCCCACGGAUCGGGGCAACCUGAUGCUGAAGUUGGCGGAUCUGGUCGAGCAGCACAGGGAGACGUUAGCGACGAUUGAGACUUGGGACAAUGGCAAGCCAUACUCGGUUUCGUGGAGAGAUGACCUCGGCGAGGUUAUCAACACCCUCAGAUACUAUGGCGGCUGGGCCGACAAGUUCCACGGACAGACCAUCAGCACCCACCCCGCCAAGUUCGCUUACACGCUCCGCCAGCCGAUCGGUGUGGUCGGCCAGAUCAUCCCGUGGAACUUCCCGCUGUCCAUGGCUGCGUGGAAGCUGGGUCCCGCGCUCGCGUGCGGUAACACCGUCGUGAUGAAGCCUGCUGAGCAAACACCGCUCAGCAUCCUGUACCUGGCAACACUGAUCAAGGAAGCCGGCUUUCCGCCCGGUGUGGUCAACAUCCUUAACGGCCACGGUCGCGUGGCCGGCAGCGCCCUGGUGCACCACCCGAAUGUGGACAAGGUCGCCUUCACGGGCUCCACGAUGACCGGCCGGGAGAUCAUGAAGAUGGCCGCCGGCACGAUGAAGAACAUCACACUCGAGACGGGCGGCAAGUCGCCGCUGCUGAUCUUCGCGGACGCCGACCUGGACCAGGCGGCCAAGUGGGCGCACAUCGGCAUCAUGUACAACCAGGGCCAGGUGUGCACGGCCACGUCGCGGAUCCUCGUCCAUGAGUCCGUCUACGAGGAGUUCGUGAAGCGCUUCCACGACGCAGUCGCGACGACCAGCAAGGUCGGCGACCCGUUCGCCGACGACACCUUCCAGGGCCCGCAGGUCACCAAGGCGCAGUACGAGCGGGUGCUAUCAUACAUUGAAACGGGCAAGAGCGAGGGCGCGACGCUGGUGGCGGGCGGCGAGCCAUACAAGAAUGUCAAGGACGGCAAGGGCUUCUUCAUCGCGCCGACCAUCUUCACCGACGUCACGGACGACAUGCGCAUCUACCGCGAGGAGGUCUUCGGCCCGUUUGCGGUGGUCUCGAGCUUCAAGACCGAGGACGAGGCCAUCACACGCGCCAACGACACCACCUUCGGGCUCGGCGCGGCCGUCUUCACGCGCGACAUCGAGCGCGCGCACCGCGUCGCCUCAGAGAUCGAGGCCGGUAUGGUCUGGAUCAACAGCAGCAACGACAGCGACUUCCGCGUGCCCUUUGGCGGCGUCAAGCAGAGCGGUAUCGGCCGCGAACUGGGCGAGGCAGGUCUCGACGCGUACUCGCACACGAAAGCCGUACAUGUCAACAUGGGACUGAAAUUGUAA